GACAAACAUCAUUUAUUGAAAAUUUACGGGAUUUGUUCAUUAUUUACUGGUAACUCGAUGACGCUGUCAAGUGUCAAUGUCAAAAUAAACACGCUCGUUCAAAUGUCAUUUGCCGACGCAUGGCGUUUUAAGGUUAGCUUCAUUUUGUUUCGUGUUUAUUAGUGAAAAUGUCGUUCCGUGGUAGAGGUGGUGGCGGUGGCGGACGCGGCUUCGGUGGCCGAGGCGGUGGUGGCGGCGGCGGAGGUCGGGGAGGCCGCGGGGGCUUCGGCGGAGGCCGAGGACGCGGUGGCGGUGGCGGUGGUUUUCGACAACAAGAUAUGGGCCCUCCCGAAAGCGUGACGCCUCUGGGUCACUACGGCUGGACAGUGCAGGACGACCUGGUCUGUAAAGUCGACAUUGAGGACGUACCCUACUUCAACGCGCCAAUUUAUCUAGAAAAUAAAGAACAAAUCGGCAAAAUUGAUGAGAUUUUUGGCAAUCUGCGAGACUACUACGUUUCAGUUAAGCUAGGAGAGAAUAUAAAAGCGAAGAGUUUUAAGGAUGGACAGCAGUUUUAUAUUGACCCAGCGAAAUUGUUGCCAUUGAAGAGGUUUCUUCCUCAGCCGCCUGGUGCGAAGCGCGGCGGUCGAGGGGGUAGGGGCGGCGGUGGAAGAGGUGGGGGUGGUUUUGGGGGUCGGGGAGGUGGUCGAGGCGGCGGCGGAGGGUUUGGUGGUCGAGGAGGCGGCGGCCGCGGCGGUUUCGGUGGCCGAGGCGGUGGCGGCGGCUUCGGAGGCGGUGGCGGCGGCUUCGGAGGCGGUGGUCGAGGAGGAGGCUUUGGGCGUGGCGGUGGCGGCCGCGGAGGUGGCUUCAGGGGCGGCCGCCGGUAGUGUGUCUACAUGCGGCAGUGGUAGUGUGACUAUAUUGACUGUGAGAGUGAGCUGUUGGCCCUCGCCACAGUGGCUAAAUGGAACACUUUCUAUGAUUAUGUGUUUUUAGUUUUAUUGUUUGAUACAAACAUUUUAUUAAAUAUAUAUAUAUAUAUAUAUAUGUAUGAGGAAAGUAUAAAUAACAGCCUCUAAUUUAGUUUAAGACAGGUAGCCUCCAAUUUGGAUUACUCCAAGAUCCAGGGCAAUAUGUGGCAUUAUCUUUGAAAAGGGACCUUAUUGUCGAUGGUGCUUACGCCGCACUGCGUCGCGCAACGUUGUAUUUGUAUUGGAGCAUCGUUUAUAACGGCGGAAGCGCCAUCGACAAUAAGGUCCCUUUUCAUAGAUAACAUCGCAUAUUUACUUUCUAUCAGAGUUAAAAGCUAAGCUUGAACUUGUACUUGUGCAACUACAUGGGGACUUACGUUAAGUCUGUACGUUCUAAACUUAAGGAAUUGGUUGGACAUAAUUUGACUUCACAAUAUUAUAUUUUACUACUUUGUCAGCUUAAUUGUGUGUGUUAAUACAGUGAUUGUUGAGUAUAUGUUGUACCUAGUUAAAUCUUUAGGUAGUUACUUUUAUGUAGAUGUGAGUGUAUGUAGACUAAGGUCUUUGUGGCGAGGGCCAACUUCUGUCAUAAUUUUAAGUAACAAUACUGUUAAGAAUAAAGUUAAUAUUCUCGCA